UCACAGCUUUGUGACAGCACUUCUCACUUCUGUUCCAGCCGUGCCACCGGCGCCAGUUUUCACGUGGGCUGGAAGGCAUAAGUGGCAGCACUCCUCGGUACGCUGCUUCCGGCACAGCUCUGCUAACACUCUGGCUCUGGCAGAGGCGAUCAGCGAAGCAACAAACCGUUAUGGCCUUUUCUCACACGAAGAACACAUCGGCCCGACGCAGCCCGCCGCCCAAAGGCGCAGCCGCCCGCCGCGCGCGGAGGACGCGUAGGCCCCGCCUCUCCCGUGACGUCACGGCAGCCGGGCGCCGAUUGGCUGCCGCGGGUGUCGCAGCCGCUUUUCCCCAUCGCCGUUUGAAACUCGGCCCAAAAUGGCUGCGGCGGGGAGCGGGGCCGAGGCGGCGGCGGCCAGGCUGGAGGGGGCGGGGGAAGAGGAGGAGACGGAGACGGCGGCCGGGGACGGGGAAAACGAGGUGGUGGACGGCGGCGGGGCGGCGGGCGCCGGCGGUGAGAGCGAGGAGGAGGAGGAAGAGGAGGAGGAGGACGACGUGUUCGAAGUGGAGAAGAUCCUCGACGUGAAGACCGAGGGGGGUGUAAUUCUGUACAAAGUCCGGUGGAAGGGCUAUACCUCUGAUGACGAUACCUGGGAACCAGAGGUUCAUUUGGAAGACUGCAAAGAAGUGCUGCUUGAAUUCAGAAGAAAGUUUGUGGACACCAAGGCAAAGGCUGUGAAAAAGGACCUUCAGAAAUUUUCUUUAAAUGAUGACGUGUUUGAAACAGAAUCUGACAUUGAUGGGCAAAGCGAAACAAAAGAGGAUGUUUCACCAAAGAAGAAAAAGAAAAAGUCAAGAGAGGGAGAGGAUAGAAGUGCAGAUGACCUGAAGAAGAAAAAGUCAAAGUCUGCAAAAGUCAAAGAGAAACUCAGGACAGAAUGUGAAAGUUCUUCAGAUACUUUGGGGUUGGAUUCAAAACCCAAAAAAAGGACUUCAGAAACAAAGGAAGAUUCAAAGGAUUCAAAGAAGCAAAGGAAAGAAGAUACUAAGGAAGUAAAGAAAAAGAAGGGAGAAGUUAAAGAUGCAAAAAUAAAAACUAAAGAAGAUUCUAAAGAAAGUAAAAAAUCACGGAAGGAGAAGCAAGGAGAUGCUCAGUUUGACACAGAGCCGAGUACUUUAGAUGAUGCACUUUUUCAGGAGAUUGACAAUGAAAAUCCACAGUUAUGCUCUGAAAAUAAAGAGGAGGAACAACAAGUAAAAUGUGAAACAGAGAGGAUGGAAGAAGAAAUUGCUGAAAAAGAUUCCAUUGCUGACAGACAGCUUGAUGGAUCAGCAAGUAAUGAAGAUGAUAGUGUCGAGGUUAAGGCUAAAAGAAAGAAGAAAAAAAAUCAGAAAAUGGAAGAUUACAAAGAGGAGGAUAGAAAAGUGGAAAUCAAAGAUACCUAUUUGGAGAAGAAAGGCAUACUCAAAAAGCAGAAAAGUCAAGAAAAAGUGAAAGUGGUGGCUGCAGAGUUGGAGAAAGUGUCAGCUGCUCCCGUGCUGGCACAGAAGGCUUUGAGGGUGAGCGAUGAGGAGAGAGGAUGCAAAUCCAUGGAGUCAGGAGAGGAGGAGAAAGAAAUAAAGAAAACUGAAAUGAAAGAAAAAUCUGUAAAAAAAGAGUCUGAAAAAGAAGAAAAGAGUAGAAAAGAACAGAAGGUCCUGAAAAGCUAUAAGGACAUCAAAAGUGCACUUGACAUGUUUAAUGUAGCUUCAGAAGAAAAAAAGGAAUGCUCUGAGAAUAACUGCAAAAAAGAAGAACCCUCGCUAGAAUAUAAAUUCAUAGAAGAAUUAAAAUUAAAAGACAGCAAAGUGCACAAGGAGAGGAGGAUAAAAGAUGAAGCAGAAACAUGGAAUUACGUUGCUGCAGGAGGUGGUCGAGAAGUAGUGGAUGUGUGUCAAAUGGAGAACUCUGAUGGCAAGCAACCAGUUUUGAGUUUGGGUAUGGACAUGCAGUUAGAAUGGCUAACGCUAGAAGACUUUCAGAAGCAUCUUGAUGGAGAAGAUGAGAAUCACAUCUCAGCAGAACCAGUAUCCAGUACGCUCCUGAGGGAUGCUGUCAAAAGUGGAGAUUAUAUGACAGUAAAGAUGGCACUUUCUUCAAGCGAGGAAUAUAAUCUGGAUCAAGAGGAUUCCAGUGGAAUGACUCUAGUAAUGCUUGCUGCUGCUGGUGGACAUGAUGACCUCCUCCGGGUCCUAAUCAGGAAGGGAGCUAAAGUUAAUGGCAGGCAGAAAAAUGGAACAACCGCACUGAUACACGCAGCUGAAAAGAACUUUCUAACAACAGUAGCUAUUCUUCUGGAAGCUGGAGCAUUUGUGAACAUGCAGCAGAGCAGCGGUGAGACUGCUUUAAUGAAGGCAUGUAAAAGAGGGAAUUCGGACAUUGUGCGGCUUAUGAUUGAAAGCGGAGCGGACUGCAACAUUUUGUCAAAGCAUCAGAACAGUGCACUGCAUUUUGCUAAGCAGUGUAACAAUAUCCUGGUGUACGAACAGCUCAAGAGUCAUUUGGAAACACUCUCAAGAGUAGCAGAAGAUACCAUCAGGGACUAUUUUGAAGCUCGCCUUGUUUUGCUGGAGCCGGUCUUCCCAAUUGCUUGUCACCGUCUCUGCGAAGGGCCAGACUUCUCCACAGACUUCAACUAUAAACCCCCACAGAAUGUGCCAGAAGGAUGUGGAAUUCUUCUCUUUAUUUUCCAUGCAAAUUUCUUUGGUAAAGAAGUCGUUGCUCGGCUCUGUGGACCAUGCAGUGUACAAGCUGUGGUUUUAAAUGACAAAUUCCAGCUCCCUGUAUUUUUGGACAGUCACUUUAUUUAUUCCUUCAGCCCAACUGCAGGCCUUAACAAGCUUUUUAUCCGGCUAGCAGAAGCUCCUACAGCCAAGGUGAAGCUGCUAAUAGGAGCAUACAGAGUGCAGCUGCAGUGACCUCACAGUUGCGAGCCUGUUGAGUGGCCUGACACCUUUGCGAUAUACUUCUGAGUCCUUCGUUUAGAGACUGACAAAGCAGUUUGGAACUUUCUGGCACCACACUCUUAGUCCCAGGUUCCCAUCUCCAUGUUGUUCGUUGGCAGUCAUACAGGAAAGUGUGUGUUAGAGAGCAGCUGAAUACGCUGUGCUGGUUGGGACAGGGUUGUCAGCUCUUUUUUGAUUUGUACAGACAUAGAUGUAAGUAUUUGUGCCAAUACAUACAAUGCUGUCUGUCUUUAA